GGCUUUGAGACCCCUCCUCCCGCACUCCAUUUCUCCUGGUUUCUUUCUGUGCGCUCUAGCUCCAGCUCCCAACGCCCUCCCGCUUUCCAGGCCGCGGUGUCACCCACACCGUACCGCCGCUGCUAACCAGCGACCAUGGCGCACCGGGAAACACCAGGCGCCCCGAAGCGUCCUGGCCUCACCGUGCCGGCCCCGAGCUCCCAUGCUCCGCCGCCGCCGCGCUGGCCGCGCUUGUGGCCUCUGCCACUGCCACUGCCGCUGCUGCUGCUAAUGCUGGUGGCUGCCAGCGGGGCGGCGGGGCACUCUCCCGAGUCCGGGAGCCUGGGUCCCAGCGUGCAGGUCACCCGGCUGCUGUAUGCGGGAGGCCCGAAAUCCUGCGAUCGCGAGGAUCCCCAGACACGAGGAUCAGAGCCCAGCGCUCCGCGUCCUGGUCCAGGUCUUGCUUCUGGUCCCAGCGCAGAUGGCGUCCUAGUUCCGGGCCAGGGGCGCUGGGCGCUGGCGGCGCCGGUGGCCAUUUCUGCCUCGCGCUUGCAGGUCUCGCUCAUCAGCACGUCGUUCGUGCACAAGGAGGAUGCGACACACAACCAGGCAAUGGUGCACUGGACAGGCGAGAACAGCAGCGAGCCAGUAAAAUUUGAGGAUGUGGCAGUGAACUUCACCUCAGAAGAGUGGGCUGUGUUGGAUUCUAGUCAGAAGAAGCUCUACAGAGAUGUGAUGAAGGAAACAUUUUUGAACCUGAUCUCCAUAGAAAAAGCACUAGAAGAAAAUAUUGAAGAGGACUCUAAAGAUGUCAGCAGGAAUAUGGGAUUUCAGAGAAUAGAGAAUGACCAUGGAUAUGAAUGUCAUACUGAGUGCAAUAAAAACCAGCAAGCUAUUCCAGACAGCAUGAUCAAUAAAGACAUGCCUUCCAGAUUAAGAGCUCAUGAGACUCCAUUGCAUAUAAGAAACAUUAUUGGUAAUUUAUCCUUACAUGCGUAUCUCAGAGAAAAAACUACAGGGAAAACACCCCUGUAUAAGGGAGCUGUGGCAAAAGCUUUUACACAUCAGAAACAUUGGAAAGAUACCAGUUAUUCUGAAUCACUUCAGAUACUUGAAACUUCUCCUAAAGAGAAUCCCUGUAAAAAUCAACAAUGUAAUGAAGCCUGUAGUAGUCUCUGUUUUGAUCAGCCUCAGGAGAGAACUCAUACUGUAGAUAAACUCAGUGAGAAUGUCUUACUGAGAUACACACAUGGCCACAAUGAUGAAGUGAAACAAUUUGUAUGUAGUCUCUGUGAAGAAUCCGUCAUUGAUUGCAGUGACCUUACCAACCACGAAAAAAGUCAUACUGAACAGAAAAGGUACAUUUGUAGUCAAUGUGACAAAACAUUUAAAUAUGUAACAUGUUUUGAGAAAGAUAAAGCAGCUCACACAGGAGAGAAGCCAGAUGCUUCUAUACAUUAUGGAAAAGUCUUCACCGAAUUCAGUCAUCAUAACAGUCAUAAAAGCAUUGGACAAAAGCAUUAUGCCUGCAAGCAUUGUGGAAAAAAUUUUACCAGUAAUUUUUAUCGAAACAUUCAUGAAAGAAUUCCUACUGGAGAGAAGCCUUAUACAUGCAAGCAUUGUGAAAAUGCAUUCACCAAUUCUGGUAGUCAUGACAGACAUGAGAGGAGCCACACUGCAGAGAAACCUUAUACCUGCAAGCAUUGUGGAAAAGCCUUUUCUUCUUCCAGUAAUCUGAACAUGCAUAAAAUAAUUCACACUGGAAAAAAGCCUUAUGCAUGUAAGCAUUGUGGAAAAGCCUUCAACCACCCCGGUCUUCGUAAACGACAUGAAAGGAGCCACACUGCAGAGAAACCUUAUGCCUGUAAGCAUUGUGGAAAAACCUUCACCCGUUCUUGUCAUCGAAAUGAUCAUGAAAGAAUUCACAGUGCAGAGAAACCUUAUGCUUGUAAACACUGUGGAAAAAAAUUCACUCGUUCUUCUCAUCGAAACAUUCAUGAAAGAAUUCACACUGGAGAGAAACCUUAUGCAUGUAAGCAUUGUGGAAAAAACUUUUCUAGUUCUUCUUAUCGAAAUAUUCAUGAAAGAAUUCACACUGGAGAGAAACCUUAUGCAUGUAAGCAUUGUGGGAAAUCAUUCACCAGUUCCAAUAGUCAUGAUAGACAUGAAAGGAGACACACUGCAGAGAAACCUUAUGCAUGAGCAUUGUAAAAAGUCUUCAACAAAUCCAGUGGGUGUAACAGACAUGAAAGGAGACACACAACAGAGAAGCAGAAGACUUAUACAUGCAAACAUUGUGGAAGAACCUUUUUCUGGCUUUGUCAUCUGAACAUCUA